AAAGCACAUUAUUAACCGGAUUCAGAUCCGACGGUUUGAAAAGCUGGGGCCUGAUGGCGACGGUCUUCCUCCAGAUUCCUAACAGAUCGGUUCACUGUAUAAAAGUAUAUACUCCCAUAACGGUUCUGUUUUCAAAAAUUUGAAUGAGUUCAGGAACGACCCUUCUCAAGUCCCUCCUCCAGAACCCUUCCUCCAUCAAAUCGAGAUGCCAAGCAAAACAGUUGCACGCACAAAUCCUCAGGAGGAGCAACAGAGCUUCUUCCUCCUCUCUCAUGGCUACCGUCCUCUCCAUCUAUUCGCAUGUAGGCCUUUUACGAGAGUCCCUUUUCAUAUUCAACGCAUUUCCCUCGCCUCCCUCUCUUGCUUGGAAAUCAAUUAUCAGAUGUUAUACUUCCAAUGGCCUUUUCCUCCAAUCUUUGAUUUCCUUUAACGAAAUGAGGGCUGCCGGAAAAUGCCCAGAUCACAAUAUUUUCCCUUCUGUUCUGAAAUCUUGCACCUCCUUGAUGGACUUGAAGUUUGGUGAAUCAGUUCAUGGAUGCGUUAUUCGUCUUGGUCUGGAAUCUGAUCUCUAUACAGGUAAUGCGCUUAUGAACAUGUACUGCAAGUUGCAGAACACUUAUAAAAUUGAUAGACCAGAAUCACACACCACCGAUGUACAGCUACUGUCUGACAAAAUUCCCGAAAGAAAACCUUCUGGAGAAUGUAAGUAUAAUUUGAUUAGUUCUAAUAAAUCCAUCGGCGGAACUAUAUGCAAGGAGUUUGGAAGUGGGGGAACUGUGAAGAGGGAAUUCGGUAUGGGGGAGGAUCCCGGUGGUAAUUCUUGUGAGUCUCUCGAUGAACAUCACAGACAGGUAGCAGCAGGUAUCACUUGUAAUGCUAGUUUCGAUCGAGUAAGUAAUUUCACUCCUCAAGUAAGUGUGGGCAAGGAAAAUUUCUUUCAUUCUUAUGGAACUACUAACGAUCUUGCUCAAAGAAUUCAGAAAAGAGAGGCUUUUUAUAUGGAAAGCGUGAGAAAAGUAUUUGAUAGGAUGCCCAAUAGGGACCUUGUAUCCUGGAACACUUUAAUUGCAGGAAAUGCACAGAACGGGAUGUAUGGAGAAGCUUUGAGGAUGGUUCGAAAGAUGGGUAUUGCUGAUUUAAAGCCCGACUCCUUCACAUUGUCUAGCAUCCUUCCUAUAUUUGCAGAUUAUGUGGAUGUUUACAAGGGGAAGGAGAUCCAUGGGUAUGCUAUCAGACAUGGUUUCGAUUCAGAUGUUUUCAUCGGAAGUAGCUUGAUUGAUAUGUAUGCUAAGUGCAAUAGAGUGGAUGAUUCCCGUUGGAUUUUCAGUCUUUUACCCCAGCGUGAUGCAAUCUCGUGGAAUUCUAUCAUAGCAGGAUGUGUGCAGAAUGGAUUGUUUGAUGAAGGCCUGAAGUUGUUUCGCCAGAUGUUGAUGUCUAAGGUGAAACCUAGGCAUGUUACCUUCUCCAGCAUCAUGCCUGCUUGUGCUCACCUGACGACACUGAAUUUGGGAAAGCAGCUGCAUGGUUACAUAAUUAGAGCUGGUUUUGAUGAUAAUAUAUUUAUAUCUAGCUCACUCGUGGAUAUGUAUGCAAAAUGUGGGAACAUACGCAUAGCUCGAUGGGUUUUUGAUAAGAUGGCAUCACCUGACAUGGUAUCUUGGACAGCCAUGAUCAUGGGCUACGCUUUGCAUGGCCAUGCCCGUGAUGCUCUUUCUAUGUUUAGGCAGAUGGAAGAGGAGAAUGUAAAGCCAAAUUAUGUGGCUUUUGUUGCUGCUUUAACUGCUUGCAGCCAUGCCGGAUUGGUGGAUGAGGCUUGGAAGCUCUUUCACAGUAUGAUCCAUGAUUACAAAAUUACCCCAGGUCUGGAGCACUACGCCGCUGUUGCGGACCUUCUUGGUCGGGCAGGAAGACUUGAGGAAGCCUACAUGUUCAUCUCUGGUAUGCACAUUGAACCAACAGGGAGUGUUUGGUCAACAUUGUUAGCUGCUUGUAGGGUACACAAGAAGAUUGAACUGGCUGAGAAGGUGGCUGGUAAAAUUUUUGAGAUUGACCCUGAGAACAUGGGCUCCUAUAUUCUUAUGUCGAACAUAUACUCUGCUGCUGGCAGAUGGAGCGAUGCUGCAAAGUUAAGAGUUGCUAUGAAGGGAAAAGGUAUGAGAAAGAAACCAGCUUGCAGUUGGAUAGAAGUCAAGAAUAAGGUACAUGCUUUUGUGGCAGGUGACAAAUCCCAUCCAUAUUAUGAUAGAAUCAAGGAGGCUCUGAAAGUUCUGUCAGAGUUGAUGGAGCGUGAAGGGUAUGUGCCAAACACAGAUGAUGUACUCCAUGAUGUUGAAGAGGAGCAGAAGAAACACAUUUUGUGUAGCCACAGUGAGAGGCUAGCCAUAGCAUUUGGCAUCAUAAGCACUCCUUCUGGGACAACUAUUAGAGUUACUAAGAAUCUCCGGGUGUGCGUGGACUGCCACGCAGCAACAAAGUUUAUAUCAAAGAUUGUUGGGAGGGAGAUAGUAGUGAGGGAUGUUAGCCGAUUUCACCAUUUCAAAGAUGGGAAGUGCUCUUGUGGGGACUACUGGUGAAUUAGCAAAGAGAAUGGUAUUUGAGAGGACUCAUUUGACACUGGUCCCAAACAACACAGGAAAGAUGGAAGUCGUCGCUUGAACCAGACCUCAGUUGGAAAAAUACAUGCAUGAAUAGCGAGAUUAGAUAAUGGUCUUUGUCAAUCUGCCAUUCAAGUGAAGGAAGGGGAACAUUGCUGUGAUGCCAGGGCAAGACUUGGCUGGUUAGACCCUUGAUCGAAACUAAGCACUCCAUAGACCAAAGCUUGCUCGUUUGAGUCAAAUGACUCAAAUCUGUGUUCGUGAAUGAGGAUAUCUGUUCUUAAUCUACAGGAGAGAGCAAUUUAUGAAGCAGAAAAAUAAUGAGGGAUCAGCUUGUAUGAUGGCCUAAACAUGCUGGGGAAAUGGCUGAGGGUCUUUACUCAUCCAAAUGAACUGUGCCAUUAAGAUAGGUGGAAGUUGGAACAAUUCCUUUUUACCCACCUAAUGGCGACGAAUUAUUCAUCUUCCUUCUGGGAAAUGGCAUCCCUGCACUGCCACAGGAUCUGAAAAGUCAGCUAUGUAAUUAUCAUCUUCAUUCAACUGAGCCAACACUUGACACAUUUUAAAAGUGCGAGUGUUAAUGAAAUAUCAGCCUAUGCUCUGCUUCAUAUACAGAAAAAGCUCCCGUAUCCGUAUGUAUAACUUUCAUCAUUUAGAGUUUUAGACUAUUAUCUUGCAAUUUCCAAUUUCAGCUUAAUGACUCCCUUUGUCAGUUGUGUUACUAUCCAAGCUUAUGUUACGCAAGUUUGUGCGUCGAUUGCAGAAAGGACAGGUAAUUAGAUUACAUGUGAGAUCUCCUUGAAGCACAAACCAUAUGACAUGCCAAAAAGUGUUUGGUUUAGUCGACUCUCAAAAUUUCAAUACCAUGCAGGCAUGCACUAUUGUUUAUUUUCCCACCCUAAAGUUUCUCUCUUUUCUUAACUGCUUCAUGCAUCACCACAACAAGAGCGUUUGUUUUUUUUUCCCACUCUACAGGAAGAACUGCUUCAUGCAUCGCCACUAGGGCUGUCAAUUGGACGGUUUUGGGUUGGAUCCAAACUGAUCCAAAUCUUAUCAAGUCGGUUUUGGACAAUCCAUUAUAGUUAUUGGGUUGGGCCAACCCAAAAUAAAAUCGCCCGAAAUAUUAUUGGUUUGAGUCGGCCCAAAACCAAAACCCAAAUAGUUCAAUCGCCAUUCGCCAAACCCUAUCGAUUUGAAUCAGAAGUUCAAAACCAAAAUCGAAACCAGACAAGAAACCUUCGGCAGUCGUCUGAAGCAACUCUUCUCCGGAAACCUGUUCGAGCGUUCGAAGCAACUCUUCACCAGAGGUCGUCUAUCAGGUGGCUCUUCUCUCUGUGGAAAGCAUUCUCUUCGGUGGCUCUUCUGUUCAGCGGUUCGAAGAAACUCCGGCGGCUCUUCUUUGGAAAUCUUUAAGACUGGAACAGGAUUCUCUCGCUCUCUGUGGAAAGAAUUCUCUCCAGUGGUCGUCCAUCAAGUGGCUCUUCUCUUUGGCGGUUUGAAGCAAGGAUUUUUUUCGCUCUUCUCUCUCAGGCGGAAAUAGGGUGAGCUGCCAAAUAGCAUCUUUGGCCUUGGGAAGCUUGAAUAUCUAUAUUUAGGUUCCAACAAUUUAUCUGGUACAAUUCCCAAGGAGAUUGGAAACCUAAUGGCUACACCUCAGGUCAUUGCAUGUGUGCCCAACCCUGACACCUCUGUGGAACUCCAGCUUGCUUGGAUUUUAUCGUCGAAACCCUCCUACUUGAAUGAGUAGUUUUUGAAAUGAAAAAGGCUUGGAUUUUUGAAAUCUGAGUAGAGUGCCACCUACCAGCUUUAGAGGGGUGUGGUAUGGGGAGCACUUCUUACCUGUGAAGUGAUCCUACAGAACUAGAGGAGAUCAAGAAGUGGUUGAGCUUUUCCAAAAUUUACUUACUUUUGUGCCCCUUGGUACUGUAUAUUUAGUUGUGACAAAUAUGUAUUUGUAAUUGUAUCCCUCAUCAUGGAUUGGUAUGCUGCACUUGGAGUCUGAAUAAAUUGAUCAGUCAUUUCUGGAGUA